ACACAAAAUGUUCAUUUGUACAAAAUAGUUCAUUUCCUCCCGGUACAAGUGUAAAAAUACGUGCAGCGAUGUCCAAACUGCGCUUAGGUUUGUGUGUUGGGGCUGUUUCGGAGUGAAGCUGUCACUGACAGGUCCGGUGUUACUGUCACUCCUCUGGGUUAAAGAAGGGGUGUGUAAGGAAGUGUGUGCGUGUGUGUGUGCCUGGGACGAGGGCCCGGGACCGCCCCUUUCGUAAUGUUACUGAAGGCCCCGGAAUGGACAGGACCAUCAGUGAGCAGCUCAACAAAGCCUUCGAAGCGUACCGUAAUGCAUCUAUUGAGAAAGAGGCGGCCAGAAAGGAACUUCAGCAUAAGACUGAGCAGUAUCAGCGACACACUCAGAAGCUGGAGAAACAGAUAGAGGAUCAGGCCAAGACCAUCGUACAUCUUAAGACUGAGCUCAGUUCACUUCGCAAACAUGCAUCAGGGGAGGUCUGUGAGCCUGCAUACAGAAAACAGGAAGCAGAAGCCUUGUCACCCAGCGAUCAUCGCUCUGAAAACCCGUCCACUUCCCACAGGACUAACCAUUUCCUGAAAAACGAACCCACAGAGUAUCCUGGGAUAUUUCCCCAUGCAGUAUCUGCUGCCUGCGAAAUGAAGAGUGAGAAUGUACUGGACACCUGGCAGGAACUCCAAGGGACUUUCCAGAGGAUUCAGAGUCUAACCAGACGGCAGAAAGAUCACCUGAAGAGAAUCCACAAAGGAAACGACACUGCUAAUGAGCAGUUUUCGAUGCCCAUCCAGUGCACGGACGGCCCUGUGGAGCAAACCGAGGAGCCGUUUUCCCCACCACCGGAGCCUGAAAUCCAGGACACUUCAGGAAACCCUUCAGCAUCACUGGCAUCUCGCAGUGCUAAUCCAUUUUACGAUUCCCUUCAAGACCUGGUGGUGAAGUUUCCUCCAAGCGCAGAGGAAGAUUACGCCUUUCUGCACAGUACGCCGGAUGUGUGUGUGGAUCUGCCUCUGCACAGGCCAGACCUGCCGGAUCACAUGCAGAAAAACAGCAAAGAGUCUUACCUGUCUUACUGCCCAUCCACUCUGCCGUCACACACACCCGCAGCUUCAGCACCGCAAGAAAAUGUUCGAGGGCCACAACAGCUCUUUUGGACUCCAGACCUUCCGGACUUGUCAGGCCAGGCGUCAGGCACAGACGCUCCGCAGAUGAACAGCCGAGAGAAGUGUGCUUUUUGCGAAGACGACGUCCCCCCAAAUCACAUGUAUAGCCACCUCAAUUCACACUUCAAGAACAAAGCUGGCGAUUGACACCCAGCCGGACUCAAAAACGCCCUUUUAUUCGUGCCUUUGUUGAGUAGCACAACCCAUUAGCCUGAACACAUUUGCUCACGUCCGCCAGUGACACCAUUGAAGAGAGCGAAACCUCGUUUAUUUAAUUAGGAGAACAUUAAACGCUUCAUUUUAGAGUGGUUAUGUCUUAAUUAAGGCUUUUUUUAGCUGCAUUUAUUUAGUCUUGAUGACUGGCGGGUUCGCUGUAGAAUAAAGACGUGCUUCCUUUUUUUGGAAAGUAAAUUAAA